AUGACUGCAAUGACGGGACUUUCGACAGCGAAUGAGCAGACAUGCGAGGGGCUGUUGGCAUCUGGUGGAACAGCUAGAACACCGACCCAAGAAGGGUUCCAAGACAAAGAACUCGAGGCUCAUGUUCAUAUGGGCGUCGGAUCUGAGACACUUUCUGCGAGCAGACACGAGCUGCCAGCUGCCUUUGCGACGCGAGAGGAUGAUGGCAUCCCUGGUCAGGCAUGGAACUCAAAAAAGCAAUAUGUGGCGCCCGACAGCCUACUGAUCCUCCCGCUACACGAGGAACGAAACUUCCAGCUCUCCUCUCAACUUGCGGAAAACACGUCAGAAAUCGCCGUUGCACAUCCAACUCCUCAACGAUUGAUCGACUCAAUGACGGACGCAACAGAAUCGGCACCAGCAAAGAAGGAGAAGCUGCCCAGGCUCGACCGGCUACCUCAUGACCCCGCGGCGGCCAAGCCAGACACGGGCGGAGGGGUGGAAAGGACUGAAGCAGCAUCCGGCUUUGAAUCUGCCAACCGCAACGCUUACGAGGCGAAUCAACACCUGGCUCGCGAUGGAUUCCCUGGGCUGAGGUCGCCUUUGACGCAUCCCAAUGGCGUCCCGAUUUUCCCAGAUCUGUCGGCCGAGCAGGAAGUCACAGAAUCGUCGGAAGCCACAACGCAAGCCGAAAGCUCCAUCGUCGCAGAUAGCGACGACAUGGCCUCGAUUUUUGACGGCGCAGAGUCGGAUGGGGGAUACGGAAGCGACAGCGCCACAAACGCCAGCACAUCCGUCACAUCAUCAGUUAGAGAUUACAUGUACGAGAAUGGGCGACGCUAUCACCGCUUCCGAGAAGGGCUAUACAACUUUCCCAACGACGAGGUGGAGCAGGAGCGGGAGGAUAUGAAGCAUGCCAUGGUGAAGCUUCUGUGCAAUCAAAAGCUACACUUUGCGCCCAUCGGCGAAUGGCCGCAGCAAAUCCUGGACAUCGGAACAGGGACAGGCGCAUGGGCCAUUGAGAUGGGCGACCAGUUUGAAAGUGCAACAGUAUUAGGAGUCGAUCUCAGCCCCAUCCAACCGGACUGGGUGCCGCCAAACGUCAAAUUCGAAGUUGACGAUGUGGAAAGUUCGUGGUUGUAUCCGAGGAACCACUUUGAUUAUAUCCAUUCUCGACACACCGUCAUGGCCAUCAAAAAUUGGAGGAGUCUAUUCCACAAGGCAUACGAGCAUCUGAAGCCUGGCGGGUGGAUCGAACUGCAAGAGAUUCAUCACUUCCCGUCAUCGGCGUACAACGCGAUGCCGCCUUCACACCCGGUGGCUCAGUAUUGGAGUUUCGUGACGCAAGGACUGACGAGCCUCGGCAUCGACUUCAAUGCUGCGGCAGGCGAUCGACUGCCCAACAUGAUGCGCGAAGCCGGGUUCGUCAACGUGACGGAGAAGAUUUUCCACGUACCGCUGGGAACGUGGCCGCGGAACAGGGUGCUCAAGACAGUAGGGAUGUACUGGAGGACGAUUCUUCUCGACGGACUCCAGGCCAUCGCUCUCGGACCGCUGACCAGAGGGCUGCUGUGGACACCAGAGCAGAUUGAAAUGUUCCUCGUCAGCGUGCGGCGGGCGUAUCACGAUAAUGCGGCAUUGAUGUACAUGCCCUUGAGAAUCAUGUACGCGCAGAAGCCGGCGUAUGGGGAUUUUCCUCGGUAG